GACAUGCUGGCAUUCAAAACGCACAGAAGGACCGAGCACUCAUAGGGGAAGGACGAUAAGAUAAACUCUGAAAUCAGUUUGGACCAGAAUAUGGCUGAGGUGAUUUACACCAUGCCCAACAUGAUGACCAAGGCCAGGAACACACAUGGAGAGAGAGAGGAGAGGAUAGGGGACAUCUACGCUACCAUUGAGAGCCUCAGAGAUCAACACCAGGACUAUGUGGGGACAGAGGAGUCCUCCAAUACUCUGGGAACAGUAAGAAGUCAGCAGCUGGACCCUGUGAGCCCUCCUAGGUGUCAGAUCAGAGGUGUGGUGGUGCUUCUGGUCCUGCUGACUGUUGUCCUGCUGGCUGGACUGGUUGGGUUGGCAGUGCAACACAAGACCAUAAGCAUGAAGGUGGAGCAACUUCUCCAAAGGCUGAAGAAUGUGACCGAGCAGAGAGACUUACUGACCCUUUGUAACCAGGACUGUCCACGUUAUUGGGAUAAGUUUGGUUGUAAAUGUUAUUCCAGACAGCAGGGAUCCUGGAAAAAGAGCAGGGAGCUCUGUGUUUCCGACGGAGCCGAUCUGGUGGUUGUGGACAGUGAAAAGGAGAUGGACUUCAUCAACAGGUACGGCGGGACCAUCUGGCUCGGAGCGACAGAUGAGGCCAGUGAUGGGUUGUGGAGAUGGGUUGAUGGGACCGUCCUGUCAGCGGAUAACCCCUCCUGGGGAAGAGGGAAACCUGAUGGUGGCAGGGAGAAGAACUGCUUAUUAAAUGAGCACAACAGUACCAUCUGGCUCGGAGUGACAGAUAAGGCCUGUGAAGCCAUCAACUGGGGGCUUUGUGAAUAUAAUUUAAUGAAAUGAUGGAUGAAAACAUUUCUUUGUCUGACAGAUUUGUUUAUUUGACUAUUUUUAUAUCUUAAUGCCAACAGACAUUUGUUGUUUUGUUUCAUACUUGUUGAGUUCUGCCAUUCGAUAAGAGCUGUGAUUGCCAGCAAGGUUUUAUUUCCUUAAAAGGAGAUGACAUGAAGACUUCCCUGGUCACUGAAGGAGCUGUACAUAGAUGCUGCUCUUGUUACAUUAUUUCUUUCAAUGUUUCCACAGUUGCUCUCGGUGUUGGAGGCUGAGGUUAGGCGGUAAAGAGUCAUGACAGUCAUUGGCUGGUUUUCAGUUGCUGCAAACCACACUAGUUCUCUAUUUAGGGCUUCAUUUGCUGCCUUUGCCUUUGUCCCCUCAGCUUAUCAUUUAAUAAUUUUCCAUUGAAAUGUAUCUCGUCUUUGUCACCAUACAGUGAUCACUAUAAAACACUUGCAUAAAUUAUCUGUUGGUUCUACGGUGUUCAGAGAGAACAGUAGACUUGUGUCUUGGUGUCUGAAUGGGCUUGUAGGUCUGCACUUAGUUUUGCGUUACUUAAUGAACACUUUUGAAGGUACAUAUGCAUACAUGCAUUUUCACACAUACAGUAAUUUGUAAAUUGCAUUGAAUAUGUACAUUUUGUGUCCAUUCAGCUGUGUUUGCUGUAGUGAAUUGUACCUCUUAUUAAAGCAGCUCUUGAUUAA